UAUUAUCUUAAAGUAUGUACUUUUACCUACCGCGUGCAGUACCUAACCUUACGAAUAUCUCAAACGUGUCGGGGAGUUCGGCUCGAGCCGUUAUACGAGUCGGACGUGUUAGUCGGUGCUCUUAUUUGUAGUAUUUAACCUCGCGUACUUGGAUCAAGUUGCGGGUGCUUAGUUGUGGAGGUUUAAUUUAUACAUUCGGGUGGGCUCUGUUUAAAUAAAUCCCCUUUUUACUGCUCCCCCCUCGGAGGGGGAGCGAUAAAAUUGGGCUAACAAAUAAGCCUCCGUAUGGAAUCGGACUCGGCAGACGACACGCGGUCGGUGCAUGACGAGGCCCUAUCGGGUGAAGAAACACAGCCUGUGUCCAACAAAAGACAAAAAACGUGUUUGAACGAGAAGACUUUCGAUGCGUUUGCAAUGAGCGUUUCUUCAGGGGGGACCUGGCAUGAGGUGAAAUAUCGAGGAAACCCUGCCUCCAAGAGGUUAAGAGAUGAAGAAAUUUUAAGACGACGCAAUAUCGACACGGAGACACGCGCGUCUCGUAAUGAUAUGGAGAUGGAAGUGAUUGACGAGGAGAAAUCUCAGGAAUUGAAUCAGGAUCCGUAUAAUAAUUUUGGUGAUAUUAGUGUUAAUGAUCCCCCCUUGCCGUCCGUACAUUUAGGCUGUGAUGGGAAUGCCGGUGAAUCACGUGAUUCUGGCGUGGCAAUCAACAGUGUACCUGAUGCUCAAGCCAUUGUAAAAUAUGUAAACACUUCUGCCAGUAUUAUUAAGGAGGCAUUUGUUGUUAGUGGAACUACCUUAAAGGCUCGUGACUUUUCUGACAAUGAUUCAUCGGAAUUUCGGAAGUUCACUAGAUAUGCAGAUGAUUUCAGUGGCAAAGCCAGUAUUAUUUUACGCCUCCCUCCUGAUCAGACCACGACUAGAAGGGGUAAAAAUGAAAUUAAGAUUUGGAUGAUUUUGAAUGAGCUUCGGAUCUGCCCACUGACUGUUACUAUGAUUAGCCACUUUUCAGCGGAGGCUGAAUUUAAGGAUUUUAGAGACGCCAAUCACGCACUCGAUACGAUUGAUGUUCUCGGAGACCCAGUGAAGCUCAAGGCCAACUUGGAACAACGCUUCGUCGUUAGCAAAGGAGUCAUCUCGGAUUGGCCUUCGUCAAUCCCGGAAUUAUGGUCGAGUAUACAGGAUAGAUCUAAGAUUUUGAGUAUGGAGCGCAUGUACCGUAGGAAGUGGGAUUCGUUGAGUAGUAAGACUUCGUUAGUAGCCACGGACAAUAUCAUAGUUACAUUUAAGGAUAAGAACAUUCGUAAUUUAACAAUUUUCGAUAAAGGUAUCGUCCUCAGGGUCCGUCGAUAUGUUCCUCAGGUCCGCCAAUGCUUUAAUUGCUUUAGAUUUGGUCACACUAAACUAAACUGCAAAAGUGAUACGCGCUGCAUAAUUUGUGGAGAUAAAGCCCAUGGUCGAUGUGAGAGGGAACAACGUUGUUACAAUUGCGGGGGCUGUCAUAAGUCCACGUUUAGAGGCUGCCCUCAGUUUGAAAAAACCAAAAACAUUAACAUCGUUAUGGCUCAUAAAAACAUUUCUUUUCAUAGUGCGAAACGGAUUGUGGAGAGAGAAGCUUCAGAUUCUUCACCGGAAUAUCAAAACAAGCUUACUAAUCCAACAUCCUGGCCAAAUCUUCCAUCGUCGGCUGGACCCAUCUCUUAUUCUGAGGCCCUACGGGCUGAUUCACGUGUUCCAACGGGGCCUACUACUUCAGCACAGAGAGACAAAGGGGAUCAUCCCCUGCAUUAUUCAGCUAAGGACAAACGGAGGGCAACAUAUGAAGCUCCGCGUAAUUUUUAUAAAUUUUUUGAUUUUCGUUCCGGCGAAAUCACCAGGGAAAAAAGAGGUAUUAUGUUCACCGCGGGUUGUCGGGCGGGGAGUGAGACUCUUUCCAAGGACAACCAUAUGAGUAUGGGACAUCAGGAGGAUCACCGAAUCUCAGAGACCAUUGAGAGUAUUUUACUACUUCUGCGAAAGGUUCCGGGAGCUCGGAUUAAGUUAAUUCGCGCCUUAGCUGCGUCGGAAGCGCAAGAUGAACAGGAUGGGGGUUUUCCCCUGCAUCCUGAUAAUAUCCAGAGUAAUGAGGAGAUGGAGUAUAGAGAAUCGUCAAGAGACUCGGUGCUCCGGUCGUAGCUCGAUAUAUUUUCCUGGAUUUAGAUCAUGUCAGAGCAGGAGUUUACUUGGUAGUGGUGGAGUCUCUAUUUCUGUUCGUUCGCACAUUUCGUUUGAUGUACUGCCGAUUGCUGGGACUUCCCCUGCAAUGUAUGAUAUGGUUGGCAUCAAAACUUCGAAUCUUGCCAAUAACAUCAAUAUUGUUGCGGUCUAUAGACACCCUAGAGCUGGGAUUGGUGCACGAGAUCUUAAUGCAGUUUUCAACUCUGUUAAUGGUAAUCCAAGUGAUACUAUUAUCCUUGGCGAUUUCAAUGCCCACAACACUGCAUGGAAUUGUGAAUCAACAAAUAAUAAUGGAGAGAUAUUGCAUGAUAUUAUGGCUAA